CUCCAUUGCCCUCUCCUCCAGUUUUUGACGACGUCUUCCAGCUUUGGCGCCAAAGCUUGUUUGUUUUUGAGCUUUUCACCACUUUAGAAGACUCAGAGUGCAGCUCGUAGCUGGCCCAUGCACUCUUUCAUUGGUAACAGACCAAGCGAAUCACCACGCAAAAAGUCUGAAUGAAAGGCCGUCCAUAAUCUAUUUCAAGCCCUUUUUUCUUGCUUCUUGUUUCCAACCAUUGGGUAUAAGUUGUCUUGUUUCCUCUUCUUGUCCAUGCCUAGAUAGAUCAAAAUGGGCCUCCGACGGAACCGUAGCAGCAAACCUUAUAAGCGUGAAGAUCUCGAGAUCUUUAACUUGUUGGAACAUCCUGUGUGGGUAUUUGAUAUCACAGGCAAAGCCAUGUGGUGGGCCAAUGAAAGCGCCUUGGAAUUGUGGAAUGCAGAGUCACUCGAGAGUCUCCUCCAACGGAACUUUGCACAUGACAUGAGCGAGUCCACCGAGCGCCGUUUGGCCGAGUACUUGGCCAAGUUCCAACAAGGAGGAAGCGUGACGGAUCAGUGGACGUAUUACCCACAAGGCAAGGGGGCGACCACUGUGGACGUGACACUAUCCGGGAUUACUGCUGUACUCAACGACGACGAAGAUGAUGGCGACUGUCGCUUAAUGAUGCUCAAUGAAGGUGUGAUACCAAUCCAAGAAGAAGUGAACCAAGAGGCGCUCCGUGGGGUCGAAAUGCUCCGGCAUCUCCCCGUUGCGGUGUGUCAGUUUGAUCUCGAAGGAACACUCAUGUCGCAAAAUCCCGAGUCGUUGGAGCUGUUUGGAUCGCCGGCUGCCGUGCUGUCAGACAAUGAAGAGUCCCUGUGUUCCUUUACCAGUCGAUUUGUCGACCACGGAAUUGCCCAACGAGCCCUGGAAAAGGUUCUACAAGACAAGGACUACUCGCUCGAAGCUCAGCAAAAGACCCAACGAGAUGGUCUGAGAUGGUUCUCGAUAUCUCUGCGGCUAAGCAAAGAUCCCGUCACCAGUCAGCCAGUGGUACUCUACAGUGCUCGGGAUACCACAGAAGUGAUCCAGGCAAAGAAGGAUGCUGACCGUGCCAACCAAGAGAAAUCAGAGUUCCUGGCGGUCAUGGCUCAUGAGCUACGAACCCCGUUGCACCAAAUGAUUGGCUUUACCGAGCUUUUGUCGGAAACAACCAUGACAGACUCUCAACUGGAGUACGUCCAACUGAUGCAGUCGGCAUCGUGGUCACUCAAGGUUGUCAUGAACGAUAUCAUUGAAUACAAGAAGAUUGACUCUCCAAGCCUCGAGAAGAUCCCGUUCAAAGUCAAGGGUGUCCUGGAGGGAUGCCGACAAGUGAUACUGCCAAGAACUACGGAAAAGGGACUGACGCUCUCCUGCGAAUGGGAACGUUUGGCAGAAUCGCUCACCCUACUGGGCAAUCCCAACCGGCUGCGACAAGUCCUGUUGAGACUGCUUCAGAACUCCAUCAACUUUACCCAUUCUGGAACGGUUAGCUUGUCCGCGACACUGGUCAACACCCCCGACGAGAGUGCGGAUACCCGCGUUCGAUUCCAAGUGACAGAUACAGGCGUUGGCAUCUCGAACGAAGAGAGGGCACAACUCCUUGGGCAGCAGUCACCUCAAGCCAAUGCUAACCGACGUCGAUUCUCCGGUGCCGGACUUGGUUUGACCAUUUGCAAGAGUCUCGUGGAAGCCAUGGGAGGCACCAUGGAAGUAGAGAGUGCACUCGGACAAGGAACCACGGUAUCCUUUGAGGUUCCCUUUACUGCAGCUGUGGUUGAGAAACAGCAACCCAUUGCGACGCCAUGUCAGCAACCCGUCCAGACGGAAUCCACAUCCAGCCUUCGCGUCUUGGUAGCCGAGGACAACAAGUUGAAUCAAAAGGUCAUCAAGGCCAUGCUGCAGCGAAUGGGACACACUGUUACGUUGGCUGACAAUGGAGCAUUGGCCGUGGCGGCUGUCGAAGAAAACAAGAGCAAUCUCUUUGACGUCCUGCUGGUAGAUCAUCAAAUGCCAGUGAUGGACGGAGUCGAAGCCACCAAGGUGUUGCGGAGCAAGGGGUACUGUGAAUCGUUGCUCCCCGUGAUUGGCUUGACUGCCAGCUACCAGCCAUCCGAGAUGCAAUUUUAUCGAGACUGUGGAAUGAAUGACUGCAUCGGGAAACCCGCCCGGUUGCAAACUCUGAAGCAGAUCCUAGCCGACGUGUUGAAGCAAAAGGAAGGAGCUUGUACAAGCUGUGGAGGGAUCAAUCACCACCAUGAACAAACUGAACGCCAUCCGCCAUCAUAUCGGCAAACGUGUAUAUAGUGUCGAAAAUGCUACUACAAGGGGCGGUUGCAUCCAACGGUCCCAUCAAGAAACAGCAACAGGCCGACUGAUGAAAUCGAAUGCGGUUUCUGCCUAAGUCAAUAUGAAUAGUGUAUAAAUAUACUAAUAUUCUGUAUAGUAUG